AUGCCAUCGCCCAUAGCACCUCUUGCCCGCGUGCAGGCUCCUCUGCGGCGGGCUCUCGCCUCGUCGGCUCGCUCCCGAGCCUUCGCCACCGUUCCUCCCACCUUCGGCACAACAUCCGAAGCAGCAUCGCAACCCCCGAAAGCCCGCAGACCGACCUACUUCAAGGACAAGAGCCUCGCGUCGCUGGACGACUUCAUCGCGAGCAAGGGCGACCCCGCGGCCCUCUCCGAGGCCGAGGCCUACGAGAUUCGCACCGUCGAGGUUACGGGCCCGACGGGCAAGAAGAAGACCAUCACCCGCCUCCCGGAGUGGCUCAAGACCCCCAUCCCCGCCGGCAACGAGAACUACAAGUCCAUCAAGAAGGAUCUGCGCGGUCUGGGGUUGCACACGGUAUGCGAGGAGGCCAAGUGCCCCAACAUCUCCGAGUGCUGGGGCGGCUCCUCCAAGAGCGCAGCGACGGCGACCAUCAUGCUCAUGGGCGACACGUGUACGCGCGGAUGCCGUUUCUGCAGUGUAAAGACCAACCGCGCGCCGGCGCCGUUGGACCCCCAUGAGCCGGAGCACACGGCCGAGGCGCUGGCUAGGUGGGGUUUGGGAUACGUUGUUCUGACGUCUGUUGACCGCGAUGACCUGGCGGACGGCGGCGCGCGGCAUUUUGCUGAGACAAUCAGCAAGAUCAAGGCCAAGAAGCCGAGUCUGCUGGUCGAGGCGCUGACCGGCGACUUUAUGGGCGACUUGGACAUGGUGAAGAUUGUGGCGGAGAGCGGUUUGGAUGUAUAUGCGCACAAUGUUGAGACGGUGGAGGCGCUGACGCCGUAUGUGCGUGAUCGGAGGGCCACGUUUGCGCAGAGUAUCAAGGUGCUUGCGCGGGUCAAGGAGGUGAAGCCGGAGAUGAUUACCAAGACGAGUCUGAUGCUUGGCUUGGGAGAGCAGGAGGAGGAGAUUAUGGAUGCUUUGAGGCGUACGUUUGUCCCUAUCAUUCUCUGGCUUACAGUCAGGAAACCGCGUGAAUUGAAGUCAAGGCCGGAAAGAAAUGCUAACAUUUGGGGAAACACAGAACUUCGCAAAGCCAACGUCGACGUCGUCACCUUCGGCCAGUACAUGCGCCCGACGAAGCGCCACCUCAAGGUCGAGAAAUACGUCACCCCCGACGAGUUCGAAAUGUGGAAGCAGCGCGCGCUGGAUAUGGGAUUCCUGUACUGUGCCAGUGGUCCCCUGGUGCGGAGCAGUUACAAGGCCGGCGAGGCGUUUAUCGAGAACGUGCUGCGCAAGAGGGCGGGCGAGAAGGCUGGCAUGGCCGCGAGCGGUAGGCUGGGCCAGACUGUUGCUCUGGAGGAGGGGUUCAAGACGCUUUAG